UGCAAACCAGUGCAAACCAGUGCCCCGCAGGUGGACAUGUACUCGGGGGCGCUGUUCAUCCGCGAGGCGCUGGGCUGGGACCUCUACGGCUCCGUGGGGGCCCUGCUGGGCAUCACCGCCCUCUACACCUGGUUUUACUGGUUUGUACUGGUUUGCGGGCUGACGGCGCUGAUGUUCGCGGACCUGGUGCAGACCCUGAUCAUCGUCGCGGGCGCCUCCGUGCUGGCCGGCUACGCUCUGGGCGCCGUGGGCGGGUACCAGGGCCUGCUGGAGCGUUACCCCCUGGCUCUGCCCCCCAACUCCUCGGGACCCUGCGGGCGCCCCCGGCCCGACGCCUUCAACCUCCUGCGGGACCCCAGCACCGGGGACCUGCCCUGGCCCGGGCUGGUGCUGGGACUGGGAAUCAUCUCGGCCUGGUACUGGUGCACCGACCAGGUGAUCGUGCAGCGCUGCCUCGCCGGCCGCUCCCUCACGCACGUCCGCGCCGGCUGCGUCGUCUGCGGCUACCUCAAGGUUCUGCCCAUGUUCCUGAUGGUGCUGCCCGGCAUGGCCGCCCGCGUCCUCUUCCCGGACGUCAUUGGCUGCGCUGACCCCCAGGGCUGCUCCCGGGCCUGCGGCUCCGCCCUCGGCUGCUCCAACGUGGCCUAUCCCAGGCUGGUGCUCAGCCUGCUGCCCCCCGGGCUGCGGGGGCUGAUGCUGGCCGUGGUGCUGGCGGCGCUGAUGUCGUCGCUGGCCUCGAUCUUCGCCAGCUCGGCCGCGCUCUUCACGCUGGACGUGUACAGGAAGCUCCGCCCAGGGGCGGGGCCAAGGCACCUGCUGGUGGCCGGGAGGUUGUGGGUGGUGGCCAUGGUGGGGCUGAGCCUGGCCUGGCUGCCCGUGGUGGAGGCGGCGCGGGGCGGGCAGCUCUUCGACUACAUGCAGGCGCUGGCCUCGUACCUGGCGCCGCCCGUGGCCGCCGUCUUCUUCCUGGCCGUGUUCGUGCCCCGCGUCAACGAGCCCGGCGCUUUCUGGGGGCUGCUGGGGGGUUUGGGGCUGGGCCUGGCCCGGCUGAUCCCCGAGUUCCUUUUGGGCUCGGGCUCGUGCGGGAGCCCCGGGCGCUGCCCCGCGCUGCUCUGCGGGCUGCACUACCUGCACUUCGCCGUGCUGCUCUUCCUGCUCACCUGCGCCGUCGUCCUGAGCGUCUCCUGGUGCCACCCGCCCAUCCCCAAGGUCCACCUGCACAGGUUGGUGUUCAGCCUCCGGAACAGCCGCGAGCCCCGGAUCGACCUCGACGCGGCCAAGGAGCCCCCCGAGAACGCGGGGGUGCAGCUCGGGGACUUGGAAGCGACUCCGGGGGCGGAGCCUGGAGCGGGGGGCGUGGCCUCAGAGAUGGGCGUGGCCUCGGCGGAAGCCCCGCCCCCCGAGGAUCCCAAAUGGAGCCGAUUGGUCGAUAUCAACGCCCUGGUGCUGAUGGGCGUGGCCUCGUUCCUCUGGGGAUAUUUUGCCUGA